GCAAAUAGGUUGCAAUUGAUAUCAACUCUUUGUAAGACGGGGCCCUGUUUUAUCCUAUUGAUUUUAACUCAUUUUCUGUUGCAAUUUCAGAAGACAACCCAGCCUCCAACGAUGAAGGCCACGACAACAUUUGGGCCCGCAGUUAUAGGAAAUUUCGAUGGGACCUUCGUCAUGGACAAAGCCUAUGGCACUUACUUUGACGAUGGCCGAGCCCCAGCAACAACUGCCUUCCUGGUAAAUUUCACAGGAGCGAUGAAUGAGGUAUAUAAUGCCACCAUUGCGAAAAAGUACUUGUACGAAGAAACUCUUGUGACCCAGUUGGUGCAAAAUGGAACCUACGUGCAGGUGAGGUUCACCGUGGCGCUAAACGCCAUAAACCGAGGGGGCAGAGAUUACCUGGUCAGCACGCUAGGAUCCUUCCCGUCAAAUGCAUUGAAUACGUACCCCGUGCUCUACGCAGACAUCGGACCUGAGAUAGACCCCUCAAGCGGUGCUUAGGGGGAGUUCCUAUCAUCAUGUUAGUCAUCGGUGGGUCUCCGCCAUCUCUUGCAGAAGCAGUAAUUCUGAUAAAACGCAAAACAAGGGCUAUGGGACUAGGUUAAAAUUCUUAAACUCUUAAACUUUAAUACACAUGUAAUGUUCUUUGCAGGGUGUCAACACUUACACUUUAACACAGAUGUCCCGCCCUUUCUAUGUUCUCUUAACACGAUGAAUCUCAAAAUCUCUACCGCAAGCUUAAAUUGAAUGCCAAAAUUGAAAAUAUGCAGAAUUUUUUUUCUUUUUUUUCUGGUCACCCUGAUUGAGCUAAAUAAUAUGAAGACACAGAUGUAAUGCACUUCUGCAG